AUGGCCUUCACAAUCAAACAAGAAAUAGCAAAUUUCGGCGGUAAAUUACUGAAAUUGUCUCAUGAGUCGAUUUCCACCAAAACAACAAUGGACGUCAACGUCUAUUUACCCAAACAGUUCUUUCAAUCCACGUCCAAAAAGAUUCCAACACUUUACUACCUAUCAGGGUUGACGUGUACCCCACAAAACGCAUCAGAAAAGGCCUUUUGGCAACCACAAGCAGACAAGUAUGGAUUCGUGAUGGUUUUUCCUGACACAUCACCUCGUGGUGAACAAGUCCCCACUGACCCUGAAAAUAGUUGGGAUUUUGGUCAUGGUGCAGGAUUCUACGUCAAUGCUCAAAAGGAUCCGUACGCUAAGAAUUACCAAAUGUUUAAAUACGUCCAUGAGGAAUUGCCUAAUGCGUUGUCCUCUUUCCAUUAUUUCCAAAAUAAGAUUGAUUUCGUUAAAUUGAAAUCCAUUACCGGACAUUCUAUGGGUGGAUUUGGUGCUGUGAGUGGAUUUUUGAAGUUAUAUAAGGAUUUUGCUUCUUGUUCUGCCUUUGCACCUAUUUUGGCACCAAGUUUGGUUCCUUGGGGUCAAAAGGCAUUCAAAGGUUAUUUAGGUGACGAGGAGAAGAAGUUGUGGGGAGAAUAUGAUCCCUCUGUAUUGGUUAAAUCGGUGGAAAAUGUUGAUGACAAGAAGAUUUUAGUACAUAUUGGCUCGAAUGAUCCAUUUUUGGAGAAGCAAUUGAAACCGGAGUUGUUUUUGGCUGCUUGUAAGGGGACAAGUUGGGAAAAAUCUAUUGAGUUGCACAUAGUUGAUGGAUUUGAUCAUUCUUAUUAUUUCAUUUCUACUUUUGUUCCUGAACAUGCUGAAUUCCAUGCCAAGGCAUUGGGGUUGGUAUAA